GAUGAUAGUUUUGUUUUUCUUGGGCAAGUUCCCUUCUUUGCUCACUCUUUAAGAAAAGUCCCCUUCUUGGCCCAGUUGUUGGAGAGAAAAGAGGGAAAAAUCGAAAUCCCCAAGAGACAAAGAAAGAACUAAGACCAGAAUCCUCUCCUUCGCCUUUGAAUCCAGGGUCUUCCGUGUCCAUUAAUAGCCAUGAAUUCAAGGUCAUCAUCCAAAUACAAUAUAGUUUCUAGUAUCUCAACCAAGUCUACUCCCUCAAAUAAUGAGGACAGUAGUAAAAAGCUCAAACGUGAGGCACUAAUAAAAUUGCAAGAAGUGUACAAGAACUUCAGAACGAGGAAAAAGUCAGCAGAUUGUGCAGUUUUCAUUGAACAGAUAUGUUGGAAGAUAUUAGAAUUUGCUGAACUAAAGCGGAGUUCUAUAUCGUUCUUUAAUAAAGAGAAACAUGAAACUGCUAUUUCGCGUUGGUCAAGAGCAAAAACCAGAGCCGCCAAGGUAGGAAAAGGUUUAUCAGAGAAUGAUAAAGCUCUAAAGCUUACUUUGCGGCAUUGGCUUGAGGCGAUUGACCCACGGCAUCGAUAUGGACAUAAUUUAGAGUUUUAUUAUGAUAAAUGGUUUCAUUCUAAUAGUAAAGAACCCUUCUUCUACUGGUUGGAUUUUGGGGAAGGGAAAGAAUUGGAUCUUAUCGAAAUGUGCCCUAGAGCAAAACUUCAACAACAGUGCAUCAAGUACCUCGGUCCUGUGAGCCAUUUUUUUCUUUUCUUCAUCAAACUUUAUCCUUAUUUGUGUUCAAACCUUUAUAAAGAACCCUUCUUCUACUGGUUGGAUUUUGGAGAAGGGAAAGAAUUGGAUCUUAUCGAAAUGUGCCCUAGAUCAAAACUUCAACAACAGUGCAUCAAGUACCUUGGUCCUAUGGAAAGGAUAGCCUAUGAAGUAGUUGUUGAUGAUGGAAAAUUCUUACUCAAGCAAACGUGGGAGCUCCUUCACACGCCUGGGGAUGCUAAGUGGAUAUUUGUCCUUAGCACAUCAAAGACCUUGUAUGUUGGCCAGAAGAAGAAAGGUACAUUUCAACACUCGAGCUUCUUGGCUGGAGGAGCUACAAUUGCUGCUGGAACGUUAGUUGUCGAAUAUGGAGUGCUUAAGGCAGUUUGGCCUCACAGUAAUCACUACAGACCUAAAAUGGAGAAUUUGAAGGACUUCAUUUCAUUUCUUAGGGAGAACAAUGUGGAUCUUACGGAUGUUAAGAUGACUAGCUCAAUUGGCAACCAAAGAUACAGCUCAUCUGAGAAGGAAGUGGCAAAAAUUUUGAAUAUCUUAGGGACUGAAGUGAUCAAUCUCAACGACUUGGUUCAAGAGAAAACUGAAUCAGUAGAAGAAGCUAUUGUAGCACUUGAACUUCCCAAGACAAAGAGGUUCCACAACCUUAGCGGAAAUUUGACUCAUCUUGAAAAGGACUUGAAUGCAUAAUAAUAAGAGCUUUGUAAUUAAUUAAACAUCUUAUGAAAGUUUAGGGACUGAAUUGAAAAAAAGUGUUAUUUUGGGGACCUAAAUGAAUUAAUAUUAAGUUU